AUGAAGAUUGGUACAUGGAAUGUAACAUCACUAACUGGCAAAGAAUUUGAAUUAAUCGAAGAAGCCAAAAAAUAUCAACUCGACAUACUUGGAAUUUCAUCAACGAAACGGAAAGGCCAAGGAACAUUGGCUUUGAACAAUGGGUGGCAAUUAUUUUAUUCCGGCGUCGAUCAAUCAACACAUGCACAAGCAGGAGUAGCAAUACUCUUAAAUCCACUUUUAGCGGAUGCAGUUCUGGAAUGGAAACCAAUCAAUGAAAGAGUUGCUCUUAUAAGACUUCAGCUAAAGGCAACAACACUGACAAUUAUUCAAGUUUAUGCACCUAAUAUUGAAGCAGAUUAUAUGGCAUUUCUUGAUACAGUUCUUACAGCCAUGGAAAGUGUUCCAAUGAAAGAUUUUAUUUUAUUUUUAGGAGACUUCAAUGCACAUGUUGGAAACGACUCACAGACAUGGAAUGGCGUGAUAGGACUAAAUGGUGAUCAAGAUCUCAAUAACCAAGGCCGAUGCUUAUUGGACUUCUGUGCAACAAGUGGAUUAUCGAUAAUGAAUACUUUCUUCCAGCACAAGAACAUCCACAAAUAUACAUGGUACAAGACAGGAGGGUCGAUGGCUCAGCGAUCAUUAAUCGAUUUCGUCAUUGUAUCUCAGAACCUACGACGAGCAGUGACGGAUGUACGUGUCAAAAGGGGAGCAGAACUAUCAACUGACCAUCACUUGGUUGUUUGUAUUUUAGAAAUAUCGUCGAAUCAUCCAAUAAGAAAAACCAAAUCAAAGAAAAUUACCAGAAUAAGAUGGGAAGCAUUGGCGGAUGAGGAAGCCAGACGAAAAUUUGCAAAAGAGGUGAACCAACGAUAUUCUCAGCUACCAUCGAAGGAGACCGAUAUUGAAUUGGAAUGGUUUCUAUUUCGUACAGCACUGAUGGAAGCUGCAGCAGAAGCUUGUGGAACAAAGCAAAUUGGAUUUCAACAUGGACAGAAGAAAACGGCAUGGUGGAAUGAACAAGUUCGCAAGGCCAUUAGUGAAAAGAAAACAGCAUAUCGUCAAUGGAUACAACGGCAAACACCAGAAAAUUGGCAGAACUAUUAA